AUGACCGUCCAAGAGAAGGUAAACCUCACCACCGCCGUUACUGGGCCCUGUCAAGCCAAUUCAGGCGGCGUCCCUCGUCUCGGCAUACCUGGGCUCUGCUUCAAUGAUGGUCCUGCUGGUCCAAGAUACACAGACUACGUUACCCAGUGGCCUUCCGAGUUUAUAUCCGCGGCUUCCUUCGACCGAGACUUGAUGUGGGAGAGGGCGGUCAGGAUAGGGCAAGAGUUCAGAGGGAAGGGCGUGAACGUCAUGUUGGGACCGCCCCUUCACCGGACGAAACUGGGAAGGCGAGUACUCUUGCUACUUAUCUAUCUGAAAGGGUACCUGACAGAUUUGGCAGCAUUCUCCCCAGACACAUAUCUCUCAUCGACGCUUUCUUACCUCACCACCCGCGCACUUCAAUCGACAGGACUCAUAACCUCCGCCAAACAUUAUAUCCUAUACGAGCAAGAACCCGCUUGUGAUGGCCCGCCCGAUCCUAAUGGAGGAACGACAGGAUGCGUGGAUAUCAGUAGCGAUAUUGACGAAAAGACAUUUAGAGAGGUGUAUCUGCCUAGCUUUUCGGAAGCUGUUCGGGCAGGGACUGGGUCUAUCAUGUGCUCUUACAACCAAAUCAACGGGACCCCGGCAUGCGAAAAUGAUAGCGCUCUCAAUCGUGUACUCAAAGAAGAACUGAACUUUGAAGGAUUUGAUUUCGAGGCAGCGCACUCGACUGUAGAGUCGGCGAUACACGGUAUGGACAUGGAGCUUCCUACAGAGCAUUUCUACGGGAAGAAACUGUUGAAAGCUGUCGAGCGGGGAGAAGUGUCGUCCGAAAGACUGGAUGAUAUGGCGCGACGCAUACUCAUUCCGUAUCUGGCCCUCCAGCAUAACAGCUCCUAUCCCAAAGUCACUUAUCAAAAGUACAAUCUCCAAGACCAAAUCGAGGUCGACGGACAUGUCUUUCGGAACGAGCACGUCGAUGUCAAGGGUGACAACCAUCUUUGGGCGAGGAAAGUCGCAGCAGAGUCGACAGUUCUUCUCAAGAACACCGGCAUCCUACCCCUUCCCCAAGGGCCCAAGCCAUCUCUCAAAUCCCUCGGUAUCUUUGGCUCCGACGCGGACUAUCCCUCCACCCUCACAGGCUGCGGUCCGGAUUUGUUUUGUACGGUCAAUGCAAAGAAUGGGAGGCGAUAUUGGAAUGGGACUGUCACGAUUGGAGGUGGGUCUGGGGCGGCCUAUGCGGACUAUAUCGUAACGCCUAUCGAAGCCAUAUCCCUUCGGGCACGACGCUCUCAUUUCCGAACCGACCACAUCCUCCAAGACGAUCCUUCCCACUUUCUCACUGUCGAUACCAUCGCCGCACAAUCAGACGUAUGCCUCGUAUUCGUGUCUGUCUACCUGGUCGAAGCCUGGGACAGAGACGAUUUGAGACUCGAUAAAGGUGGAGAAGAGUUGAUCAAAAGGGUGGAGAAGGGGUGUAAGGGGGAGGUGGUGGUGGUCAUGCACAGCGGAGGCCAGGUGCUCGUCGAAGAUUGGAUCGAUCUACCCAAGAUAGGAGCCGUCUUGUUUGCUGGGUAUCCCGGACAAGAGACGGGAAAUGCGUUGGUUGAUAUACUAUGGGGAGAUGUCAACCCCUCUGCCAAGCUGCCAUUUACGAUGGGUCGAGCAGCAUCUGACUGGCCGCCUGCAGGUAUUAUCCGCAAGAAGGCCGCUCCUUACCCCGUUUCCACUUUCCCCGAACGCUCGGCCAUUGACUACAAGUACUUUGACACCCACAACAUCUCGCCCCGGUUCGAAUUCGGGUUUGGCUUGAGUUACACGUCAUUCGAGAUGGCGGGGCUGGAGUUGAGGAAGGAAUUUAGGGAGGAGGAGGUAGGGGGCAGGGGAAAGAAGAUGAGCGAGGUGAGCGAAGGGGAGGGCGGGCUUUAUGAAAUUCUGUAUGUGGCGAGGGUGAACGUCACCAACACCGGUCGAGUACCCGGCGCCGAAGUCGCUCAGCUCGCGAGUAACCCAUUCCAAUUCUGCUAUCAUGUUCUGCAUGCUCAUGGGAGGCAGUAUAUGACCUUUCCACCUACGGAAGCCGACCAGCCGCCCAAACAUCUUCGAGGGUAUAGCAAGCCUUACCUUCUACCAGGCCAGACGAAGACCGUCGAAUUUCCGCUUAAGAAGAAAGAUCUGUCGGUAUGGGAUGUGGAAAAGCAUCUAUGGCGAAUGCCAGAGGGCAAUUUCGUGUUCCGAGCUGGUAAUAGUUCGAGAGCUUUACCUCUUGUAUCUCUCUUCACCCCGAAUGGCCGUGGGUGA